CUUGUUGUUCUUGACGAACUUUAGAUAUAUGUAUGGUAUAUAUGGUCUGAGGAAAAAAUCAGAUUUAUAUUUUCUAUGAUAAUUACUCAAGUUGUAAGAAAAUUUUUAAUUCUACCAACACGAAAAUUCAGCAUGACUGUGGAAAGUGCAAAGAGAUUAGCGGCGUACAAAGCCGUAGACAAUCAUGUUUCAAACGGAGACGUCGUCGGAAUUGGUAGCGGUUCAACAGUCGUUUAUGCCGUGGACAGACUGGCAGAACGAGUAUCCAAAGAAAAUCUGCAAGUCAUCUGCAUUCCUACAUCUUUUCAAGCACGCCAACUAAUAAUCAGCAACAAUUUGACUCUGUCUGAUUUGGAAGUGCAUCCCGAAGUGGAUAUUACCAUUGAUGGAGCUGACGAGGUGGAUUCCAAUUUGUCUUUGAUUAAAGGUGGUGGAGGUUGCUUGUUGCAAGAGAAAAUUGUCGCCAGUUGCUCAAAGAAAAUGGUUGUCAUUGCUGACUAUACCAAAAACUCACAAAAACUAGGUGAACAGUAUAAAAAGGGGAUUCCUAUUGAAGUAUCAUCAAUGGCAUAUGCUCCUAUUCAGCAAAAAAUUCAUAAUCUCUAUGGAGGAAGACUGACACUAAGAAUGGCUGUAAACAAGGCUGGUCCUGUUGUCACUGACAAUGGCAAUUUUAUUUUGGAUUGGGUUGAUUAUGAUCAAAAUCUUGACUGGAAGAAAGUUAAUGCUGACAUUAUUUCAAUACCUGGUGUUGUGGAAACUGGUUUGUUCAUUAAUUUGGCUUGCAAGGCUUAUUUUGGAAUGGCCGAUGGCACAAUAAAAGAACAAAUUGUUAACUGAUGUAUCUUUGUUAAUUAUUUUGAAUUAAUACAUUUAUUUUUUGCAA